GAUGCGCAGGGGGCGGGUUGGUCUUAAAAGAGAAACGGCGGCGGCGCGCGCGAGGUGGGCCCGGGUGUUCCCGCCGCUGUCCAGGCCCGCGCGAGGCGGGGCGCAGGCGCAGUGGGUGUGGGCGGUGGGGCGCAGUGAGAGGGCUCUGGCCGGCCCACGCGCGUCCUCCGCCCCGCAGGCCCCGGGCCAUGGCUGCCUCCCCCGCGGACGCGUCCCGCAGGCGGCGGGAAAACCGGCGGCAGCUGGAUGCGCGCCGCAGCAAGUGUCGCAUCCGCCUAGGCGGCCACAUGGAGCAAUGGUGCCUCCUCAAGGAGCGGCUGGGCUUCUCCCUGCACUCACAACUCGCCAAGUUCCUGCUGGACCGGUACACUUCAGGCUGCGUGCUCUGUGCAGGUCCCAAGCCUUUGGCCCCCAAGGGUCUGCAGUAUCUGGUGCUCCUGUCUCAUGCCCACAGCCGAGAGUGCAGCCUGGUGCCUGGGCUGCGGGGGCCUGGGGACCGAGAUGGGGGCCUUGUGUGGGAGUGCUCAGCGGGCCACACCUUCUCCUGGGGCCCUUCUUCAGGCCCCACACCUCCAGAGGAGGCCAAAGCGGCCCCCAUUCCAAGUACUGCUGGGACAAACUGGUGCCUGCAGGCCAGGGGCAGGCAGGAGCCUGCAGAAUCCUCCCAGAAUUCAGACCUUAGUCUGCACCUGUCCUCCUUCCUCCAGCCCAGAGUUUCUGCCCCUUUGACCCCACCUGUGCCAACAGGUUUGGAAUCUGAGCAUGAGGAGAAGACUCAGGAGACCGGGUUGCCCAGGAAGUUGGGACGCCCACCAGAGCCCUUCCUGCCCCCAGAAGAAAAGGUGGAGGAGGAAGAUGAGGGCGAAGAGGAGAUGCUCAGUGAUGCCAGCCCAUGGACCUACAGCUCCUCCCCAGAUGACAGUGAGCCAGAUGCCCCCAGACCACUCACUUCCCCUGUCACCCAUGCACUUAAGGAGGGAGAGACACCCCCAGCUCCCGCAGCUGCCCCCAGCCCUGCUGGGCCACCCCCACCGGCAUCCUCACUGUGUUCUGGGGCUCCUCCACCUGUGGGAGGCGGGGCACAGCCGGCGCUCAGUGGGACCCCUCAAGCAGCCCAGCAAACUGAGGCCCUGGCCAGCCAUGGGAGUCCGUCCCUGUCUGCUCUGGCUCUGGCUUGGGAGGAGGACACACAGAUCGGCCCUCGGAGAGUUAGGAAAGCGGCCAGAAGAGAGCUGCUGCCCUGUGACUUCCCAGGCUGCGGAAGGAUCUUCUCCAACCGGCAGUACCUGAAUCACCACAAGAAGUACCAGCACAUCCACCAGAAGUCCUUCUCCUGCCCAGAGCCAGCCUGUGGGAAGUCCUUCAACUUUAAGAAGCACCUGAAGGAACAUGUGAAGCUGCACAGUGACACCCGGGACUACAUCUGUGAGUUCUGCGCCCGGUCCUUCCGCACCGGCAGCAACCUGCUCAUCCACCGACGCAUUCACACUGGAGAGAAGCCCCUGCAGUGCGAGAUCUGCGGGUUCACCUGCCGCCAGAAGGCCUCCCUGAACUGGCACCGGCGCAAGCACGUGGAGACCGCGGCCACGCUGCGCUUCCCCUGUGAGGUCUGCGGCAAGCGCUUUGAGAAGCCAGACAGCGUUGCAGCUCACUGCAGCAAAAGCCACCCGGCCUUGCUCCUGGCCCCACCAGAGUCUCCGCGCCCACUGGAGCCCUGUCCCAGCAUCUGUGCCCCUGCACCCCUGGGGUCAGGAGAUGGGUGCAGGCCCUCGGGGGUUCCUCAGGCUCUGACCCUGCUGCCUCAGCAGUGACCCCAAGCACUGAAAAGGAGCGAAGAGAGGCCGGAUGCCUGGUCUUUGGGAACUAGGGUGCAAGAGAGUAGGCUGAGUGCAGGACUGGACUCUAGGGGAGCCAGGCUGCUUUAGUCUUCCUAAAGGACAGAAUAAACCCAGGAUUUUACAUGGACAUGUGUGGGCAGAGCAAGUGUUUUUGACCCUGAUUGUUUUGGAGGCAGAAUCUGCUAAGUGUGCAGCACAGGGCAGGCCCUUUAUCUGUCUGCAGGCCCCCACCUGCCCCCACCUGAAGGACCCAGCUUGCUUUCCCAAUUUGGGCCCUUUACUGUGGAUUGUCAUACUCAUUCUUGCACUGUGACAGAAGGGACAGCACUAAGUCAUUCUGAAGGGACAGAUGAACAGGACUAGGGGUAUGUGACCCUGGGCCAUGUUUGUUCUCUCCACUGACCAAGAGAAGCAAGUGUACAGUGCCCUGAGGAGUCGUGCAAAAUCCAGGGAGCUGUCCUAGCAGUGUUGCUGAGCUGCUUUGGGCACUUUGAAAGGGCCUGGCUCUUGGAUCAUUCCUGAAGUCUGCAGAGACACAGCCUCAGGCUGGAAAAAGGAGCCUCUUGGCAUCUGGAACCCAAACACACAACUCUUUAUUUCACUUGCCAUAAGCAACAAGUUGCUGGCAGGUCCAGGGAAUUUUCCACCCUUCCCUGUUGCCUCCAUGGAGACGUUCCCUGUGACUUGGAGUUUGACUUGAAGAUCACAGACGCUCCACUGGGC